CGGCCAUUUCAUUAUCGGUGGCAAAAAGCUGCCUAUCGAUAGUAAAAGGACAGUUUGGGCCAUCGGAAAAGCGGCGACCGUCUUAUUUUGGUUCUAAGGGUGUUCUACAUUGCUAUUGUAUUAUCUGAUUAAUCUUCAAGGCAAUAGUACUUAUCAUGAGCGGUGAUAAGCCAUCACCACCUAAGACAUCUAAAGGUGCUAGUGGUAAAUCUCACCAUAAGUCUUCAAAGCAUGCAGAUAAAUGUAAACAUAAGGAUCAUAGAUCAAAACCUGGGCGUGAGAAAGAUCACAGAAGGCGGCGGCGUAGUGAUGAUGAGAAAAGUGAAUCUUCAGAUAGUCAAAGUUCCAUCUCAAGGUCAUCUGUUGAAAAUUCUCCAGAACAUGAAUCAAAGGAGAAGCUGAGCAAAAAUUAUGCCAAAAAAAGUGUUAAGAAGGAAGCAUCACCUCGGGAAGGUAAAGCUGAAUCUAAGGAAGUAAAAGAUAGAUCUAAAUCUUCCAGUAAUGCUGAUAAAAGUGGUAAGUUAGCUGGAGAUCAUGGUAGAAGACAUAAGAGUGCAAAGCAUAAACAGAGCAUAUCACCUUCCAGCAGCAGCAGUAGCAGCAGUAAAUCAAAAGUUAAAAGAGUUAGAUCAAAAUCUGCCAAAACUCCUGAGAAGCAUAAGUUAGUUGAAGAAGCUGCAAAAGGUCGAGAUAUUGCAAAACAUAAACGGGGUGCCUCAUCUACAUCCAGCAGUAGCAGUAGUAGCUCAAGGUCAUCAGAUGUGUCAUCUCCAGAACAUGUGCCUGAAAAUCAGGAGAAAAUUCAUGAUUCUCCCGAAAUUGUGCCUGAACCUCCCCUGAAUGAAGCUAAAGAGGUAGAGAAAGUGAAGUCUGACAGCAGUGGUGAAGAAAGGCAGAGGAAACGCGGAAGAACAAAAUUUCGAAAUAGUAGAGAAUCAUCUGGUAAUAGUAGUAGCAGUAGUAGCAAGAGUUCUGAAGAAAUAGUUGUACAUAAAAGUCCUCCAAAGGAAAAACCAAAAGAGCCAAUUACAAAACCAGAAAAAAAGAUUCAAAAAGAGAAGGUUCCAGAGAAAGUAAAAAAAGCUGAGUAUAAGAAUGCAAAGACAAAAAAACCUAAAGCAGACAAGGAAGCAAGUAAAAGUAAACAUAGUAGAGGGAAAAGAAGAAAACGCUCAACUAGUAGCAGCAGUAGUUCAAGUUCAUCACGAAGCAGAUCUGAUUCUUCAAGUAGUAGCUCAGGUAGCUCAAGCAGCAGCUCCUCAUCAAGUAAGACUAGUAGCAAAAGUUCUGUCUCGGUUAAACGACGUUCAUCCUCCUCCUCCUCCUCUUCAUCAUCAUCCUCUUCAUCUCCAUCAAAGCACAAGAAACAUGCUUUUAAAUCUGUAUCGAAUAAACGGAAACGUUCCAGGUCAGCUUCAGUAAAACGUAAGAAAAAGAGCUCUAGUCCUCGUCCAAAGAAAAUCCAUGUUGGUCGCUUGUCCAGAAAUGUGAAUAAAGAUCAUUUGGCUGAAAUAUUUGGCCUGUAUGGAACCAUUAAGAAUGUGGAUUUGCCUCCGGAUCGAAUUCAUGCACACCUAUCUAGAGGAUUUGCAUACAUUGAGUUUGAAAGUUCUGAUGAUGCUGAGAAAGCUAUUGCACAUAUGGAUGGUGGUCAAAUUGAUGGCCAGCGAAUUACUGUAGCACCAGUAUUAUUACUUAAACCAAGACCACCACCAUUGAGACGAAUGUCACCUCCAAGAAGAGUCCCAUAUGUACCAUGGAGACGUUCCCCUCAAUACUGGCCUCGUGGAGGUGAUAGAAGAAGGCGUGUUAGGUCACCAUAUCGUCGUCGUUCUCCUCGUCGUCGUACUCGAUCAAGGUCCAAUUCAAGAUCUUUUGUGCGCCGAAGAUAUGCACGUCGCUCAACAUCUAGUUCUUCUCGUUAAAGCAUUUUUCAUAAGUAUAAACUUUAAUUGUAUGCCAUCCUUUGUAAUGAAACUCAAUAAUUAAAUAAAACUUUUUUUCUUUGUAUUCUUAUA